AUGGGAGCAUUGAGUUAUUUUAAAAUAGCUCCCUUUAUUUAUUAUUUCAACAAAGAAAAAUCAAUAAAAUAGAUUUCAUUUAGUGAGAUUAAUAAAUACUUGUAAUUAAGUAGUGAAGAUAAAUUUAGAAAUCCAUUUAUUUGUGCUUUUUAAAGACAGAGCAAAACCUGUAAAUAUAUUUAGGGAUUUAAUAAUCCAUCGUGUUGCUUUAGUCUCAAUGAUGAUUUUAAUGACAAUUCAAACUAUUCCUUAAUUCUUAAUAUAAGGCUUUUAUAACACAGGAGCAGAAAUUGGGAUGGAUUUAAUGUGAUUAGUUUUUUUAUUAUUAAUAAGUAAUUUAAUCUAUUACUUUAUGGAAUUAUAAUUUAUUGUAUUCACUACAAAUUAUAGAUAAAUUCAAACAGAACUUUAAUUUAAAUUGAAGAUAAUCAAAUUAAAGUUUAUUUAAGAAACUAAAUAACUAUUAAAAGCUGUUUUAAAAUAUAUUGA